CAUCUUACCCUCUUCCAUGGUAAUUCCUUCUGCUGGCCUUUGUAUGUGGACCACAUUCAGUCCUGUUCAGCCCAUAUAAAUUGUAACUUAAAUGUAGGCUCUCAGUCUGGUGUAAAGCUGAUGGGUGGGAGCAAAGGUAAAGAAUGAUGUAAUGCAGCAGCACCCAGAAAGCAUCUUUUGUGUGAAUUUUGAAAUGGCUACUCCGUAGUCAUCUCCUGAUGAAUCAGACGUGAGGGGCUUCUUUGUGGAGCCAACCAUUUGAACAUCAACUGGAAGCAGGAGGAGACAUUCAGUCCAAGAGCUCUCUCUGAAAAUGUAUUUAACUUUUCUUUUGCCAGUCACUACCAGCAUGACCUCAUACACUUCUAGUACAAUGGUGUGGCUAAGCCUUUGAGUACACAGCCAUUACAUCAUCGCAGCAAAUUAGAGAGGGAGGUGGGGAAAGAGGCCUUGUUGUUGUCAUGGCCGGUGAGAUGAUCAGGACCCAACUCAUUGUCACCGAGAAGUUGGUGGCUUUGCUGGAGAGCGGGACACAGAAGUUGCUGCUGAUUGAUAGCCGCCCCUUUGUGGAAUACAACACCUCCCACAUCCUGGAUGCCAUCAACGUCAACUGCUCCAAGCUCAUGAAGCGCAGGCUGCAGCAGGACAAAAUUUUGAUCACAGAGCUCAUUCAGCAUUCAGCAAAACACAAGAUUGAAAUUGACUGCAAGCAGGAAGUGGUGGUGUAUGACCAAAGCUCUAAAGAUGUGACCUCUCUCUCAUCUGACUGCUUUCUUACUGUGCUCCUGGGCAAACUGGAGAAGAAUUUCAGCUCUGUGUAUCUGCUUUCAGGUGGAUUUGCUGAGUUCUCCAGCUCUUUCCCUGGUCUCUGUGAAGGAAAAUCCACACUCAUCCCCACUUGCAUUUCUCAACCCUGCCUACCUGUUUCCAACACUGGCCCAACUAGAAUCCUCCCUCAUCUCUACCUUGGGUGUCAGCGAGAUGUCCUCAACAAGGAGCUGAUGCAGCAGAACGACAUUGGCUACGUGCUGAAUGCCAGCAAUACUUGUCCAAAGCCUGAUUUUAUUCCAGAAUCCCAUUUCCUCAGAGUGCCUGUGAAUGACAGCUUUUGUGAGAAAAUUUUGCCUUGGUUGGAUAAAUCAGUCGAUUUUAUAGAAAAAGCAAAAGCAUCCAAUGGCUGUGUGUUGGUGCACUGUUUAGCUGGGAUAUCUCGCUCUGCCACAAUUGCCAUUGCAUACAUCAUGAAAAGAAUGGAUAUGUCCUUGGAUGAAGCUUACAGAUUUGUUAAAGAAAAGAGGCCAACCAUUUCUCCCAACUUCAACUUCCUGGGCCAGCUGUUGGAUUUCGAGAAGAAGAUCAAGAACCAGAGCGGUCAGCCUGGCCACAUCAGCAAGCUGAAACUCCUGCACUUGGAGAAGAGCAGCGAGCAGGUGCUGGAGGCGGGGCAGAGCAGCUUCUCUCCCAGCCAGCUCUGCCUCUCCGCCGCCUCGGAGCUGCUGGAGCCCAAGCCCGCGGACGGCGGCGCCGGCCCCCGCGGGCACCCGGCCCCUCUGGAGGACGGCCCGCUGGUGCAGGGCAUCAACGGGCUGCACGUCUCCCUGGACAAGGUGGAAGACAGCAACCGGCUGAAGCGCUCCUUUUCCUUGGAUAUCAAAUCCGUAUCCUACUCAGCGAGCAGCAGCUGCGUGACCGCAUCGGUGCAGGGCUUCGCCGCCUCCGAGGACACGCUGGAGUACUACAACGCCGUGCGCCGCCGGCCCCGCCAGGCCGACCGCGGCGACUCCCGGCGCAGCUGGCACGAGGAGAGCUCCUUCGAGAAGCAGUUCAAGCGCAGGAGCUGCCAGAUGGAGUUCGGGGAGAGCAUCCUAUCGGACAACAGGUCCAGAGAGGAACUGGGCAAAGUAGGCAGUCAGUCGAGUUUUUCAGGCAGCAUGGAAAUCAUUGAAGUGUCCUGAGGGGCGGAGGCGCGUGUGACUGGCAGGGAUGCUUCCCCUUUCAGGCCGCUCCCCCAGCGUGUGAGAGGUCCCUGUAAAUCUGAAACUUCGGGUAAAAAGGUGGAGGGAGGGAAGAAAAAGAGGCUUUGCUGUGAUCUCGGGAAAGGUUGGUGCUGCAGGGAAGUGACCACGACGUCUGCCGAGGUGACCAGGUGUGCUGCUGGGCUUUUCCCCUCGCCGGGAGAAAGGCAGAACACGGACCUUUCCCUGUCAGAGGAAGCAAUUCUGUGUCCUUUCUGUGCCUUUUAACAAGGAAGCUCUCUUGGUGUCAAACCCUUUCUCUGGUUCCACUGAACCCAUGCUCCUGCUUGUCAGAACUAGUUUUGUUCUCCCCUCCCCAUCCCCCACGUCUUCACCAGUGCACCUUAGCCCUGACACUGAGCCAACCUCUGGAGGGAGACCUUUUUCCUGUAAGAAAAGGAGACUGGGAACGAUUCCAAAGGCCACAGGGACUGGUUACAGCAAGGCUGGUCUGAACACACCGUUCAGACAAAUGUAAAUACUGUUGUAACUAUUGUUCUAAUGGGUAGGCUUUAGGUGAUUCACUAGAGAGCUGCUUCAGAAAAAAAGAAAAACCCAGUACCUCAAAAAUACACAAAAUAAACUAGGGCUUUUUAUGGCUGCCACGUGCUGGUAGUUCAUAAGCAAUGUGAACAAGUAAUGACUGGCCACAUUUGAUUUUUUUUUAAAGCUGUCUACGCACAAGUGUUUCAGUUGGCUCAGCAGCAAUUCUUGAAAGAUGAAUGAGCCAUAUUUAGGACUGUUUCCCCUAGUCUUUUGAUACAGUAUUUUUAUUUUUGAUAUUAAGCUGGCUUCUGAGAGGUGUAGCUACUUUGGCUUCUAAGCUAUAAAGAAGUGGUUGAUAGGUAGAGCUACAUGCAAGAGAAGUGGCUGGUACAAGUGGCCACAACACACUUUACUUGCCCAUUAACAAUUCAAUUGCUGAAAAACAAUUCAAAUGUUUGGGGUUUUUUAAGGAAAAAAUGAGCUGGAGUGGACUUUAGUCCUUAACUGAGCAGUUCCAGGGUGGAACUGUAGACACUGAAGGCUGUACCAUGCUCUCACACUCAGCACCCCAGGGCAGACACCUCCAGCUCAAGGAGGUGUCACAGCCCUGGUUUCACAGAGAUGCAGCACGGCUCUUCUCAUGUUUUUGACAGUAACCCAGCUGCUUUCCCUCCCACCUUGGCUGCUGCUCACCUUGGGCUACAUGGGCAUGUUCCCAUGAGAGGUUUAUGGUCAGAGAGGGGUGGCACCCCUCAGAACAUGUGUUGAGGGGAAACUAUUGUUUUGUCCCAUUUCAGUGCAGGCAGAUGAAAACUGUAGUAACAAAUAAUGAACCCUGGCCAACAGCUUUAAAAAAAAAUUUGUCAGCAGCAAACUGAAGCCCUAAUUCAAGUCAGCAUCUUGGGUUAUGUUUGGGGUUUUUUUACUGUAAGUUUAGCUAGUUUGUGACUCAAAUCUCAGGUUUUACUAUAUUGAAAAGUGGAGAAGAUUUUUGUCAUUGUUUCAUUUGUGGCUAGGAUGUGACUUUCAUUUCCUAUAAUGGACUGUUGAAUAUAGCACUGAAAGCUACAACAUUGAUUAACUUGAUCCUAAAAAGUGCAAAAGGCACAGAGAGGAGGCACCAAGUCACUGAGCCCAGAGGCUCUUUGUGCUGCGUCUGCAAGAGGCUGGACGAAGGGCCUGGGCACAGGAGAGGUUGACAUCACCCUGGACACUGUGUCAGGUGCUGGCUGUUCAUUGAACGUGCUGCCACUUGUCUCUGUUUACAUCUCCAGUGGAAGUGAUUACAUCACAACUAUUUUCAGCUGAGUACUUGCCUAUGUAAACAGUUGAACCAGGGUUCCUCUCAGCCACAUUUCAGGAAAAGCCUGUGGCUUUGACUUAAACCAGUUAAUGGGAGUUAACACAUCAAUCCCUGGAGGCAGAUUUCUUCCUCUUUUAUGCUCCUUCAGACAUGUGUGUUCUCUCCCAUUCUUUGUAUGUUUGGGGUUGAUUGCCUUCUGAGGAACUGAAAUCUGGUCUUGUGGCUCCUUGUGAUUCCCUGUGUGUUCUGGAUGAAUCCAAGGUGUAGGCUUAGUACUUAUAGGGGUCAGGUUCCCAUAGGAGGAAGCCUUAACCCCAUGUCCUGUACAGGGUGGUGCCCUGGCUCAUACCUCAGCUGGAGUCCUGUCCCUGAACAAUACUGGAAAUGGUUUGCAGAAGUCUGGAAGGCACAGUGGAGGAUGUGAGAGGGAAAAAUGUGUACAUGUUCAAUAUGAAUAUAAUGUAUGGCAUUUGGUGUGUGGCAUACUUGGCAUGUUGGAUGUGUGGUAAGCUGGUGAAAUGGUUCAGAGAGAUGUGAGUUUCUCAUCUUGUUGUGUCAUGAACAUUACCUGUAUGUUACGAUGAAAUAAAAACAGAAAUGGUACCUGUUUAUACAGAAGGCUGAGGAAGGAGUUGUGGAGUGUUCUACCUGCAGCAGGACCUGCUCCCCUAAGCAGCCAGGAGAGCAGGGGCCUUGUCCUUUAUGGAACACCCCUGUUCCCUGCAGGUAUGUUCAUGCAUGACCGGGCUGGAGCAGCUUUAGACCACUUCUCACAAGCAGUGUUGAUCUUACAGCACCAUUUAUAGUAAUCAUUUAGGCCUCUUACCUGUCCCUGAUGAUCCCCCUUCUGCUCCACUGAUGUGCAGCUGUGGGAUUUGUCUGCAUUAAAACCUUCCACUGUGUAAUCCAGCUGUGAGUAAUCUGUUCCUCAGGCAGCUAGGGUGGUCUUACUGAAGCAAGUACUUCAAAUUGCUGAAGUUACCCAGAAUGAACACCCAUGCUUCUUUCUUGCCUUCCUCCCAUACUACUUAUUUGAAGAAUAAUUUAAUUACUUUUUUAAGUACUUGUUUUGACUGAUGCUGUCAGUCUUGAAGCAUUCAGAACAAAUUCUGCCCACUGAGAUUGGAGCACACCCCCCAUUGCUGCUUCAGUGAAUGGCCCACACAAAUAUAGCAUGGAUUGGAAUUAAAGAGGGCUGUCACAGUUGUAUCCUUAGAGAGGAAAGCUGUGAGUUUAUGUAACAGCAUCUUCAAACUCAGGUGCAGUAACAGAAGCCUUCUCUUUUGAGAAUUUCAAAGCACAGUCCCAGAAAGGGAAAUGUAAAAUCUUCAGUCUCUCUAAAAGAAACUGAACCGUCAGUCAGAGCACCAGUAUCAACCUGUGUGAGUUUCUGUGCUUAUUUCUACAAACAAGAUGUAGCAGCUCUUAGAGAGGAAAACAACCAUGCAAAUUCAAUGGCAUCAUCAGCUGCUUUGUCUACACAACAGGUUGGUUGACAUGACAGUCUUCUGAGAUUUAGCUGCUCACCCCAUUCCAAAGUCUACUUCUGAUUGCAGUAGCUCUGUUUGUUCCUUCAAGUUCUGCUUUUUUGAAGUAUUCACUUGAGCUUUCACCACUCCUCCUGACUGCUUUGCAGGACUUGCUCUCCUCCUGUUCCCUCCCUCCCUGGCCCUGCCACCAGACAGCUCUGGGAGGAGACAGUCUAACUCCACCUCCAAUCAAAACCCAAGGGGCAACUGAAACCUGCCUCAUGUAUGUGAUCAACACUUUCCAUUUCACUGCCUGGCAUUUCUAGGCAGAGGUCCCUGAGGUCACUGGGCUCCUGAUGUAACCACCAUCACAGUGACAUUCCUAUAAUGAAAUGAACUGAAAAUAGAGCAAACUUCCCGCCAGCAGGGAUCAAGUAGCCCUGCUUUUGAGGGGGCUGGGGAGGAUAAGACAGUAGAAAUGUGGUAAUUAGGUGAACUACUGUCUUUGCUAACUGUAUUCAUCAGCUAGGUGCUCAAUACACUGCAACUCACAGCACAAGUUGCAGACUGACUUCUACCAGAAAGUGAGGGCAUGAAAAGCCUAGACAAGGGGGACAGCACUAGGGUCCUAAUAAGACUGUUACUUUUUAAAGCCAAAAUCACUGUAAUUCAACUGAACUUACCUAGCCAGACAUCUUAAUUAGCCAGCCAUACACCCAGCUAGUCUGUAUUUGUUAUUAAUCUGCAAUAAAAGUUCUAGCACUUUUA